AUGCUCCCCUCCGAGCCUGUCAUUAAAAGAUCGACAUCCUCGUUCUCAGAGCGACUCGAUGGAUCAGAUACUAAACGAGUGAAGCGCGUCUAUCAUCACCACCAUCGCUUGCAGAGCUCUGUCGUCACAUCUCUCCAAGAACCCGCCAUCGCCGAUGAGUCCUGUAUCGACCAUUUGAUGAAUCGCUCGAUUGGUCAAACUCUACAGGAAUCAGGAUUCGAUUUAGCCGAUCCAGUAGCGCUGGAUAGCUUCCGCAAUGCAGCGGAGGAGUACCUUCUUAAGUUCGCUUCAUUUGUACGGCAAUCGAUGCUUACAAGCCGACGCAUACAACCCAUCCCUCAAGAUUUCGAGCAUGCCAUGAAAAGACAGUCCUUGCGAGCGGACGAUCUCCUUCCCUACCUAAAACCUCUACCGAACGUUGAGCCCAACCCAACACUGUUACCGACGCCUCCGCCCGAAGAAGACUUUUUCAAAAGCGUGUCUUUUCUUGGCCCACAACUGAGUGGUGAGGAGGAUCGGUCCAGAAGCGCACAUAUUCCCAGGCAUUUCCCCGAAUUCCCUAGUAAACACACCUACCGCCACACACCGGUUUUCACCGAACGAGAACAAGACCCCCGAAAAAUCCGCGAAAAGGCAACAGAGGAUGGCCGUCAUGGUGAGGAAGCCUUGCGGAAGUUGGCACGCGCAUCGUUCAAGGACAACCAACUUGGCUCAGCGGGCCGAGACAAGAAGCCAUGGGGUCGACGGACGGAGACCAUGGAUAGCAUGUUUGAGAAAACAGUGAAGGGACUCGCAAAGAGGAUGCAAAAGACGGCAUCCGUGCCAGGAGCGGCGCCAAUGGAGAUCGAUUCGGGUACUAUGGCCGAUCCGUCUGCCCGCCACAAGGCGCCUCUGAAUCUGGAGCUUCCACCUAUUAUAAAUUGCGAGAGAGAGCUUUGGCGUCGAACAACGGCGUCCGGCAAUCGGAGACCAGAGGAAAAGCCGAACCCUGCGAAAGGUGGUGCUCCAAAUAUCUCCAGGGUCGAUAGCUGGGUGAGCACAUAA